AUGGGAACUUCAUUCACUAGGUCUGUCAGGGAUAGAAGUAUCACGCCAGACCCAAGCGGCAGCAGGCAUUUAUCUGUUGGAGAACCCGGAAACAUUUCGCGGCCCCAAAGUUCUCGCUCUACUCAUGGCAAUGAGGGCAUAGAGAUACCUAGUCUGGGAAUUCAACCUCCCUCCAGCCCGACAUCAUCACUUGAUGAGCCAAUCAGCAUAGGUGUUCGUCGACGCAGGGACAACGAACCUUCCGACCAUGGGGAUCCCACCAAACUCACACCUCAACGUAUGAAACAUUUGAAAAUGCAUGCGAAGAAGGGUUGUGAUGAACAUGAGGUUCCACAUGAAGAAGUUAUGACUUUCAUUGAUUCUGGCAGCAUUUUCUAUAUGCUCGUUGACCUGAAGAUCACCCUCGUCAAACUUUGUCAGGGAAACAAGGCCACGAGAAUGCAGGAAUUAAAAGAUGCAUUGGAAUCAAAGGACUUCGAGAAUGGACUUUACAACUGCUUGUUUGCUUGCAUGUCGUCACCGAAUCUCACAGCGUAUGUCACUGACACUCAGUGUCAUAUAAUGGACUUCAUCGUCAAGAAUAGGGACGUCUUCAAAAUCCCCCCCGGACUUCUCGACGAUGUUGAGCUUAGAGCUCAGUUAGGCAAGGUGGUCACGAAGCUGCUCACAAAUAUUUGUUCUGCCAUCAAGACGGCUCUCACCACAUCGAUUGUCAAGCGCACGAGUGUUGCUGAUGUGACCAGGUCGCUUGCACGUAGUGGGUCUGGCAUGGAGGUUGAUUCUACUCACUGGAACAGGAUUUCACUACUGCGGCGUCUCCUGCGGAUUUUUCUCAUCGGUGAUUUACGGGACAAAGUCACAUGCGAGCUCAAUAUUGACGUGGAACAGCUUGAAAGGGAGCUAUUUGACGCUGAUUUCGAUAAUGCGCCUAGGACUGAUGUCAAUCCAAGUCAAGUCCCCACAGGCACUCAAGUCAAUGGCAGUCACGCGCCCAGUGCUGGGAGGGACCAGAAUGAUCCUGACAUGACCUAUGGACCGCUCACGGAUCAAAGUGGAGUGCAGCAGGAUGAUUUGGACACCAAUGGAGAGGACAACGAGUCAAACAUGAGCGGCAGUGCAAAUGGUGUAGUUCUACUCGACGACCCACUUGACUCCAGAUUUGGACUGGUCGAAGGCAUGCCAAUGCGGUACAACAGUACAAUUAAGUUCUGGAACUUCGUCGACCACUCACUCUUAAUGAUGCGCAAGAUGGCUAUUGAAUCCUCCCCAAUCGUCACCGAGCAGGAAAAGGAAUUGCAAAAGUUGUUCAUCGAAAUCUUUCAAGCUGAUCUCGCUGAGUUUCCUGGUAGCAAGAAGGUCUCAAAGCUCAUUUCGAAGACCAACCCACGCUGGCAGACCACCAUUCAGUCCGGACUCAUUUGGUAA